GACAUUCCAUGCAUACCAAACUCACAGGUUCGACCGAAAUGUCAAAUUCUUUUAACAGUUUUACUUGUUAGUGAGUUUUAUUGAGAAAAACAAUUUAAAUAUCGGUGUACAAUCAUUCCACAUAUAGUGAUAUCAACAUAAAGGAUUUACAAAAAUAUAGGAAAAAUAUAAGAUAAACGACAUGGAGAGUGGGGAAUCUCCUCUGGAAGUUUUAUCCAGAGCGGCGACUAUGGUUCAGGAAAAUCAACAUUUAGGAGUUUCCGACGAUUCCACUAAACCUUAUACAAAACAUACAACCAAAUGGAAGCGAGAGAGGCGACCUAGACCACCAGAAUAUCCUCGAAAAACAUCAGAUCCCAAAUACACCGAAUUCAUUGCGGAUUCUCCUUCUCCGGUGUCUGGGGAAAACAACGGAAUUUCAACGUCGGAUACGCCAUUGGAUAUGAGCGUGAGACAGCGUGGACUACCACCUUCUUAUGCUCAAACUAUUAAUAAUCCGGGCUAUAGAUCCAGUUAUAGACCUUCCGUUAUACAUAAUGGAGUCCCACCACCGCCUCAACAAAGGGAAGAACUGCCGUCGGGUAUAUCUAUGUGUGAUCCGAUUAUAGACGAACAUUUCCGAAGGUCAUUGGGUAAUGACUACCACAUCGUUUUCCAAAAUAACAAUUCUUCCAAAGAUAAAGAUAAUUCACCACCUAAGACGCCUCCGGCAGUAACAACAACUACCAGCGUUAUCGAACUCAUGGAUGGUACAGGAUUGUCGGUAGACGAACAUUUUGCCAAAGCACUUGGUGACACUUGGACUAAACUAAAUAGUAGGAAAGAGUCUGAAAUACAGAAUGGUACUAGCGAAAAUGGAUUGGUUUCUACUUAAAUCGUAUAUGUAUAUGGAAUGUUCAAACAAGGAAAAUUUUGAAAACACACUAUAUAUGAACGAAUUGUAUUUAUGUGUGAAAAAAAUUUAUACGGGAAAUUUCUUAACGCCCAUUUAUGUGUAUUAGUAGAAGCCUAUUUACAGAAUGGCGUAGAAAAAUUAUCAAAAGUUUAUUAAUUUAUUUUUUUGCACGUCCCUUAUAAUUUUUUAUUGGGAGGAUAUUUAUUCAGAAAAUCAUUAGAAUUUUUGACAAAAUAUAGAUGUUCUAUGUAUAUAUAGUGAUAAGGUUUUUCUUCAUAUUAGAUAAUAUUCAAAACCAUAAUUUCUAAUUUAUUUUAGUCAAUUUUCCAAAAUAGUUUUUCCGAAUCAUUAUUCUGUCUCUACCGAAUCCUACCCACUCAUCUCACCCAUACUCAUGGUCUUGGUCGAUUAUUAAUUUUUCUUAAUGGACUCCGCCAGGAGAUCUGAUGGAUAUGUGGGACUCCCGUAUCGUACUCACUAAAUCGCCAAGUUAUGAAACAUAAUCUUUCAAUUGCUUUUAUUCUUUAAUGGACUAAAAUUGAUUUUAAAAUAGUAAUACUGGUAUCACUGCCAGGGGCAUAUCUUAACUAAUAUGAAUUCAAAUUAUUUUUUAAUACUUAGAAUUUUCCUAUAUAUGUCAUAAAAAAAAUUACUUCAAUCAGUGACGGAUCUAGAACCUUAACAAGGGGUGAUAAACUGGGGUAUGGAGUAAGAGAGUAUGAAAUACAUCAUAUAUUAGAACUUUGAAUGUUGUAAAUGUUCGAAGGACCAUCAAAUACAUCAUAUAUUAGGGCCUUGAAUAUUGUAAAUGCUCGAAGUACCAUCAAAGUAUGAAAUACAUCAUAUAUUAGGACCUUGAAAGUUGUAAAUGUUCGAAGGACCAUCAAAUACAUCAAAUAUUAGAACCUUGAAAGCUGUAAAUGUUCGAAAAACCAUCAAAUAUAUUAUAUAUUAGGGCCUUGAAAGUUAUAAAUGUUUGAAGGGCCAUUAAAGUAUGAAAUACUAGAUAUAUUAGGGCUGUAAAUGUGGUAAAUGUUUGAAGGAUCAUCAAAUACAUUAUUUAUUAGGAGUUGAUUGUUGUAAAUGUUGUAAGGACUAUCAAAUACAUCAUAUAUUAGGUCCUUGAAUGUUGUAAAUGGUCAUGGACCUUCAAAUAAAGAAAUGUUUGUCUUUUAUGUGUUCAAUUAUAAUUAACAAUGUUUAAUCAGUAUUAAAAGCUGGUUCGAAUGUCAAUUGUCACUUAUAUUUCACAGAAUAAAUCAGAUCAGGGUUAUCCAACCUUAAAACACAGAGUUGUAUAAUUGUAAGGUUGGUUGCCUAAUGUAUUAAACGGUUAGGGACAACAGUAUUGCCAAUCUAUCAACUUUUUUCAUUAUCAUUGUCAUUAUUUUAUUGGUACAAUCUAAAAUCUUAGAAGAAAAAGAGAAGGGAUGAUCGAUAUUAGAAAAACAUCGAAUCAAAAGCAUCGAUGUACGAUGUAUAUCGAUUAAAAAUCAUCGAUGUAUCUAAAACAUCGAUAUUUUUGGUAGCAAAUAAUUAAAACAAUUGAAAUUUUUUAUGAAAUGUAUCUUUAUUUAUAUACGUAUCUGAAACAAAAAAAUAGCAGUCUCAGUAUCGUUUUUUUUUUCUUAAAAAUAGUAUUGAACUCCAGGUACAUCAGCAUUAAAACUUGAAAAUUUACUUUGUCACUUUCUCUUGUAUACCCACGUUAGAUUAUAUCAUUUUGAUAUUGAUAUACUAUUGAUUUAGACUAUGUAAUUUCAACCUUCUAAAAAUGAUCAAAUUAUUCCAGAUUCAGGGGUGCUUUACUCUAUCAAAUGCCUUCUCAAAAUCCAAGUAUACAACAGUCAGUUUGUAUGUUGAGGUUAUGUCCUUUUAUCCACAUAAUUAGGUUAUCGAGUGUAGACUUUUGGAUUGAAGCUUUGACGUUGUCAAGAAAGGACAUGAGCUCCUGAAUAAUUACUUUAUCAUAUCUUUGAACAAGUUGGAAGGCAGGCUAAUAGGUUAAUAGUUGCUGGGUGCUUAUUUUUGGAAAUGAAAUAUUUAAUUUAGUAUUAAUUAAUUUAUAUAUUAUUAAUAUCGAUUCAAAUAUUGAUUGGGAAUUAAUUUAAAAUUACUAUUUUAUCACUAUAUAUACAGAACGCUUACUUGAGUUGUCUUUUGUGAUUAUAAAAUAGUUUUUUUUUAGUAUUUAAAUAGUUCCUAUAAAUCUCAUUGGUUACAGACACAGCUACGAUUUUUUUAUAUUCUGAAAGAUAUAAGGUGAAUGAUGUUAUAUAAACGAUAUCUAUGUUAUUAAAGUAUAAAAAAUAUUUGUAAUAUUAUAUUCAUUGUAAACGAAAAAAAAUACAGAUUAUGAUAUUUUUUAUAUUACCACUGAAAAUUUUAUGGAAUGCGAUAAUUAUUACCAUAUCGAAACCAUUCUCGCAUUAGAAAGGUUUGAGACAAAGCUGCAGUUUAUCACUAACAUUAUUUAAAAUAUACAUUCAGGAAGCUCUGAGUAAUUGGAGAACUAAAAUUGCGAGAAUGGGAAUUGAGGUAGAGGAUAAGUACCUAACAACUCUAUUUUUUGCAAAUGAACAAGUUGUUAUAGCUUGCAACGAGGACGAUGCUAAGAGACUUGGAAUUGGAAUUGAAUAUAAAUCUCUGUCGGUAGGAAGUACACCAUACUGCAAAUAAAUAGGGCUAGACGAUGUAGACAAUUUGAAUACUUGGGAAACAUAAUUUUGGAAGAUGGAACAACAAAAAAAGAUGUAGAGAAUAACAAAAGAGACUAUGGAAAUGGACUAUUUGAGAGGAUCGUGCAGGAUAUCCAGAACAUAUCAUAUACGACGAAGAACAGGUCAAGUAUACACGACUUGAGAGAGAAUACAGACUAAACAACUGCUCUGGUACGGACAUUUGAUGAAGAUGGAGCGGAACAGGGGGCCGAUGUAUCAACCACACUAUAGGAGAAGACGAGGAAGACUCUCAAGGACCUUAAAACAGACCAUAAAAGAAAUAGCUAUCCAGGAAAAAGAGUGGAUAGACAGAAAAGUGGAAUGCUUUAAACAUGGUAGCAAGAAACUAAAUGAGACCAUCGGAGAUGCUAUGGGGUGAGACGAAGAACGGUUGAUACGUUUUUAAACUUAAAAUUGAUACAGACUAAUAUCCAGGACGAAAAUAUAGAAUUACAUUUAGUGUUGAUGGAUUAUAAGCAAACUAAAGUGAAAUUAUGGAUAAAAAUUGAAAAAAAAAUUCAAAUCGUCAGUCUAAUAUAAAAUAUUUUAAUUUUUCGCAAUUUAGUUAUGCUCUUGGGCUCUUUGAUAAGAGUCAAAACUUCUCUAAUCUUCAAGAGGACUCUACAACACCAUCUUCUAUCUAUAUAAUAACUUCAAUUGGGUUAUUCGGAUCCUAGUCAUCCAUCUCUUUUCAUGUUAAUACGCAGGAUGUUUAAAAAAAAGGUGAUCCCGUUUCUAGGAUAGAUAGAAAAUAUUUGAGGUUUGCUCAGAAAAAAAUUUUCGUAUAAACAUUUUUUACGAUUUUGCCGCAACUACUGGAAACAUGAAAUUGAAAUUUUAUACGAAUAUGUUUGGAAGCUGAUACAUCGAGUGAAUAAGUAAGAAUUAUGUGAAUUGAAAAUAUUUUGUGUGAAACUCCAUCGAUAACACGGAUACGUUUGAAAAAAUUUUAACUGAGGGCUUUCGUUUCUUGUAACGUUUCAUAAAAAUCAAGUCUAAUUAGUAUAACAUCUUGAUUUUCAAAGUUAAAUAAAUAUGGGCACUGAGCUAUUGGAGGCCUUAAUAUGAAACAAACAACAAUUUGAUGAUCAUGUAUUGCGGUUCUGGGAUUCUAACUGUUGUUUGUUUCAUACUAAGGCCUCCAGCAGCUUAGUGCCCAAACUUAUUUUAGUUUGAAAAACAAAAUCCUAUACUGAUUAAACUUAAUUUUUGUGAAACGUUACAAGAAACGGAAGCUGUCAUUCCCAAUAUUUGUUGUUGUCAAUGCUGCCAAUAGUUGCGGCAAAAUCGUAAAAAUUGUGUCGCCCUUUAUCUUGAAUACGGAUGGCGUUACGAAAAUGUUUUACUGAGCAAACUCCAAAUAUUUUUCAGUUUUGUAUCUAUCCUAGAGGCGGUAUCACCUUUUUUUGAAACAACCUGUAUAAUUUAUAAUUAUUUUUGAAAGUAUUUUUUUCUGCAUUAAUAUAAAAGAUAAAUUAUAUAAAUUGUUAUCCUUCAUCGCAAAGUUUUUUUUAUUUUAAAUAAAAAAAAUAUCAAAAAUAAUAAAAAUCAUUAGAAUCGUAGCUGGUCCUGAAGAUUUCCGAGAACAGAAUUUUAUUGACGUGAUUAAGAUAAAAAUAUGUAUUAGUUAAGAAUUAUAUAAACACUGUUUACUACUACUAUUUAUUCAAUGAUUAAUUAUCAAUUCUCGGGAUUUAGUAGUUACCCAUUUUGAUAUUUAAAAAACAAAUUUAAUUAGAAAAAAAAACUAUGAUGCAUACAAAGAGUGAAGUAAAAUGAUAUUAAAGGGGAAUCAUAAAUGAUACUAAAAAUUAUUUUUUUAUAAACUUCCGGUUGCUAUAAUAAUUUGCAGUGAUUUUAAAUUGCAUCAGAUGACAUAAAGAAGUAUGUAAAAAACACCUAUCGCUCACAAGGUAUCUUUUGGUUGUAUUUUAAAUUCCAGCAGGAUUGAAAAUGCCGCUUAGAAAACCCUGUAACUAAUAGCUUUUUAUUAAUGUUUUGUUUGGAAUUUUGAAAAAAAAAAAUGUAAUAGGUUAGGUUAGGAAAAUUUCCCCUGUAAUUUAUCAACUACUCGCAAAUUAUUUCGAUUGAUGAAGAUGCUACCUGCAUCUCUAAAGAUUAUUAGAAUUAUUCGAGUGCAAUUAACUCCAUUAAAUUUCAAGCAGAAACUGUUAUUUUUAUUUUAAGACAAUUUACUAAAAACAUAGUAGAAUUACUUAAAUGAGAUUAAAAGAGAAAAAAAAAUCGAAUAUGUAGAUUUGAGUCCAUAUUUCUGAUUUAUGGGUCUUCGUUGGUUUCUUCAACCUCGAAAUCGCUGGUAAUCUCUUGAGAUCAGUCAUCAGAUGGCCAGUCACAAGUUUCUUCGAAAAAUCCCCGAUGCUCAUCUGAAAUGUAAGCUCUCAGUUUUUUAAUAUCUUCCAUCUUUGCAGUUUUUAUUGGCACCGACCUUGGUAAGCUUAACCGAAGAUGGGGAAAGAGUAUCUACUUUUGUCUUAGCCAGUAAAAAGUUGUGUUGAAUAAUAUUAUUUAUUCAACUUAGAUUCAUAAACGAACAUAAAGAGAGUACUAAUUUGAAAGUACAUUUUAUCCUUCUUAUCUGUGUUUUUCCUUUUGCUACUUGUGAUAUGAUUUUUUGUAAAAUAUAUUUUGCCAUUUCUUAUAAUCUAAAACUAUCUCAGGUAAUGUAACCUUAUGAACUGUGAACUUAUUAAACCGUGAUGAGUUUAGCAAAAUUAUGUCAGUUAUUUCAUGAACAUCAAAAAUGCGGUCAUGUUUCUUCAAAGCCUUGGAUAUUAUUUCGAAAUCCCUGUCACACCGGAGGAAACUGUGGCUGCGAACCUUCUGGAAACUUUCUGUCAGGUAUAAGCAAACCCUUAACAUCGCUUGGUUUUUGUUUUGGCCUGAGCAGUUAUCACUGAACAGACGAAGCUCAAUGUAUUGGCUUGGUACUGAUAUUAUUAGGUAUUCAUUAAAAAAAAAAGAAUAAAAUGCUGAUUUGACCCAUUUCCACUCAUGAUAAAAUCGCCCUUUAAACAAAAAUCGAUUUAUUCUGAUGUUUUAGACUACAAAACCACCAAAACCUGAAAAUCGAAAAAAAAUGGACGUACGCCCGUUUAAAAACAAAUCAAUUCAAUUAUUAUAUUUGGAAAUUGAACACUUUUAUGACAGAUAAAUUUUGAACAUAAAAGUUAGGUUGGAAAUAGACCAUAUAAAUAUUGCUCACAAAGUCUCAUGAGUUCUGGCAUUCCUUGGACAUGAAACCAUUCAAUGUUAUGUUAUUAUUGAGCAUUACGUUUUCAUUAUGCAGUUUUAUCAGUUCUUGUGGCGUAAACACACCUUCUAUAAUCCAAUGCUACAGUUAUUUAUUGUUUCUUAUUGCUGUUUCCCAUUUCUUCUGUAUUUCCUUGAGUUAGAGUGCUGUUCCAUACGAGUCCAGUGCUUUUGUAUUUCGUUUCUUCAUACAGUUUUUGCUUUUUUCUAAAAUGUAAAACUAUGCCGUAUAAGAGUCUACAUUGGCAACGCAGCAUACCUUUUAUUUGGCAACACAUACUUUGAUGUUCUGCGGCUGUUCAACGUACACAAUGUGUAUAUCAAUCGUCUAUUGUUGUGCAAUGUUUGUUUGGGUCACUUCCACUAUCAUUAGAUUGGGGAUUAAUUUGCUUCAACAGUUUUUCCCAAUCUUAUGAACAUAAAAAAAUAUCUGGUUACCUAAUUUUCAGUAAUAUCUCCAUUUUAUUAGAGGAAACGGGAAAAUACGAUCGAUAAGUAGUUGUAUACUAUAUUUAGUAAACUUACGUUUUUUUGUUAUAUCUGUAUAUAGUUUUCAGCUGUAUAUAUUGACCAUUAGAUUAUAUGUUUAUGAAAAGUGUGCCUAAUUACCUUUCAAGGAUAUUUGGCACACAAAAUAUUUUUUGUUAAUUACGAUUAUGCUAAAUCAAUGAAACAUGUUAUUGAAUGUAUUCAAUCUAAUAAAUUAUUUUUAAUUUUG